AAAAUAAUAAUAUAAAUAAAAGCCUACGUGGGGCCUUAGAUAAUAAUUUUACCUUUGUAUUUUAUAAUAGGUCAAUUCACUGUAAUAUAAUUAACUAACAGCACAGACAGCACAGUAUUGUCUGUAUCAAACUAGUAAACGAAAAUCUGCCAUGUACGUGUGUAAGACGGAGACAACAUAUUGCGGGUGACGGAAAGUAGACUGUUUUGCAGUAAUUUCACAGUAGUCUAGACAGUCUAGUCUAAUGAAAGCUGUAGUGUUCGAUGUGGUCAUGUGGACGUGUAGUCUCUCUCUACUUAGCCUACACCAAGUGUAGCUAAUCCGGUUUCUAUAUAAUUCUGUAUUUCCUCCAAUUCACCCCCGAGUCGAGCUUUUAAUUAUUGUUGAUGUAUAUAUUAUUAUAUAUUUAUUACAAAUUACAAUGUUUAUAAUAUUAACAAAGCUUGGCGAAGCUCAGCUCAUGGACCGACCGCUGUAUACAUACACGCACCAACGAUAAAGAUAUUGGAGCAAAUUUGACAGAUCCCAUGUUUAAAGGAGUAUACAAUGGUAACAAAAAGCAUAAAGAAGAUUUAGAAGAUGUUUUGGCACGUGCUUGGAAAAAUGAUCUUAAAAAGAUUAUUAUAACUAGCGGCAGCUUAGAUGAUUCCAUUGAAUCUUUAAAGAUAGCUUCAUUGAGUGAAAAUCUUUACUGUACUGUUGGUUGUCAUCCAACACGUUGUGACGAGUUUACUAAAGCCAAAAACCCUGAAUCAUAUUUAAAUAGUUUAUCAGACUUGAUAAAAAAUAAUCGUUCAAAAGUAGUAGCAAUAGGAGAAUGUGGACUUGAUAAUCAACGAUUACAUUUUUGCUCAAGAGAAGUCCAAGAAAAAUAUUUUGAAAUGCAGUUAAAAUUAAGUGAAGAUUUUAAUCUACCAUUAUUUCUACAUUGUCGUGAUGCAGCUCCUACAUUUUUAGAUAUACUGAAGAGAAAUCCCAAUUUUAUAAAAUCAGGAGGUGUUGUACAUUCUUUUGAUGGAAGUUUAAAAGAGGCCGAAAAUAUAAUUAACUUAGGAUUUUAUAUUGGUAUUAAUGGAUGUUCAUUAAGGACAGAAGAUAAUUUAAAAACAAUAUCAGAAUUACCCACAAAUCGUUUAAUGCUGGAAACAGAUUGCCCAUGGUGUGAAGUAAAACAAACACAUCCUUCUUAUUCUUAUGUACAAACCAAAUUUAAUUCAGUGAAAAAAGAAAAAUUUAUUGAUGGUUCUAUGGUAAAAGGAAGAAAUGAACCAUCAACUAUUAGACAAGUCUUUGAAGUAUUAGCUUCAUUGAAAAAUGAGGAUCCUGUAUGUUUAGGCAAUCAAAUAUAUCAAAAUACUAUAGAUCUAUUUUUUAAACAUAAAUAGUUUUUUAAUUAUAUGAUAUUUAGAGGCUUUAGUGUUAUUUUAUGAAUAAUGAAUAUGUUUCUGAGAAAAUAUAAAUUUAUUUAUUUUUAUAUCUGCAUUAUUUAUUCAUAUAAAUUAUUAUGGACCAAAAUGAUCAAAUUUUAAUUUUAUUGUCAUCAUAUAAAUGACUUAAGGUACACACUAUUUCAUUACAACUAGAUAAAUGCUAAUGGGAACUUAAUUAACUGUGAGAUCAAAAUUAGCAUUCCAAAAAUUCAAACCUUCACAUUUUUAAAUAUUAUAAUUCAUUUUGUGAGUGGUAGUUGUGUCCAAAGUACAUUUAAUAUUCUUGGAGCUAAAUUUUUAAAUUUUUU